CUCACUAGUUUCCACUCACACAACUCAAACAAAAGCCUUAGAAUUCCUCAGAGUGAGUGCCACUCUAAUUAACUUAGUUUCAUACAACUUAACAUAUAUAGUUCACCUAAAUCUGUUUUCUAUUCUAGACUUUGAUAUCAAGAUGAAGCCAGCAUUUGUAGCUAUGCUUCUUGUGUGUCUUAUCCUUUGCUCAUCUAUGUUUGAAAUGUCCAUGGCAGCUGGUUAUGAUUCAAGACGUUUCUGUUCCUCCAAAUGUGGGCAGAGGUGCUCUAGAGCUGGGAUGAAAGACAGAUGUUUGAAGUUUUGUGGAAUAUGUUGUGGCAAGUGUAAGUGUGUGCCAUCAGGAACAUAUGGUAACAAACAUGAGUGUCCUUGCUAUAGAGACAUGAAGAACUCAAAGGGAAAGCCAAAAUGCCCUUAAAUUAAUUUCUAGCUACUCCAUCUAUAUUCCACUAUAUUGGCCUGCAUGUAUGAUGUUUAUAUCUCCAUCUUAAGAGAUAUUAUAUACUCUUCCAAGCUAGCUGAUUAAUCUUUAUAUGUGUCAUGUUUUCGAAGAUAAUUUUGGUCAUGGUAUGUGAUCAUGAGAAAUGAAUAAACCAGGGUCCUCUGUGUAUGCCCUUCUAUGUAUAAUGUAUUGUGUUAUCUGUUUGUAAUGUAAAUUUUAAUUUCUUAA